AUGGAUAUAUAUUUAUUUUCCGUUUGGUUUAUACAGAACGAGGAAAAGUGUUUGGAUUUUCUAAACAUUAGUAAGAAGAACAAAGCCAAGUCGAGCGUACAACACAUUGGCGGGUUAGCGCGAAAACAGAAUCCUGAACCCACAAAAUCAAUUUUUGUGUCGAGAUACGGAGCACGAUCACUGAAGACCUCGACAAUGAAAGGUAACCAGGAAUUUUUUCAGAAGGGUGGGGCCCACGUUUCCAAGGGCGUUCACAUCAACCCACGCGUAAAGAAGGCUCAGUAUGCCGUGCGCGGGCUUGUGCCGAUGCGAGCCGACGAAAUCAGGGAGGAAAUCCGUUCAGGCACGGGGAAGUCGAAGUUCUCCUUCAACGAACUGGUUUACUGCAACAUUGGCAACCCCCAAGCCCUGGAGCAGAAGCCGCUUACCUUUCACCGCCAAGUGAUGUCGCUUAUCGAUGCUCCAUUUCUGCUUGAGGAUAACGCCGUCGUCUCUCGAUAUCCCUCUGAUGCUGUUUCCCGUGCGCGUCUCUACUUGGGCCACAUCGGCCAACGUACUGGCGCCUACACGGACUCCGCAGGCUAUGCCUUUGUACGUGACAUCGUCGCGCAGUAUGUGAAUGAGCGUGACGCCUAUGUAAAACCGCUUCAGGAGGCAUCGUCGAUUGUGCUUACAGACGGCGCAAGCACUGGUGUGCGCAUAAUCUUACAGACGCUUGUGGGCGAUGAGAAGGACGCUGUGAUGAUUCCCAUCCCGCAGUAUCCGCUGUACACGGCACAGAUUGCAUUGUUGGGAGGUACCCCCGCGAUGUAUUACCUUCGUGAGAGCGAAGGCUGGGCGCUGAACGUUGGAGAGCUCGAGGCAGUAUACAAAGACUGUGUGGCGAACGGAAACGCGACGCCCCGCGUGCUCGUCGUGAUUAACCCUGGUAACCCUACAGGUGGCGUGUUGGAGCGCACUGUGAUGGAGGAGGUUGCCAAGUUCUGUUGCGAUCACGGUGUUGUGCUCAUGGCCGAUGAGGUUUACCAGGAAAAUAUCUACACCGCGACCAAGCGGUUUGAGAGUUUUCGGAAGAUUGUGCUCGAACUUCCACCACCAUACAACACCGACACCGUGCUUGUUUCCUUGCACUCCGUGUCGAAGGGUAUUAUCGGUGAGUGUGGUCGCCGUGGUGGGUACUUCACACUCACAAACGCUCCGCCUGAGUUAGUGGAGCAGGUGAUGAAAUUGUGCUCUAUUAACCUCUGCAGCAACGUCAACGGUCAGCUUAUGACGGCACUGAUGUGCUCCCCGCCGAAACCUGGCGAUGCGAGCUUCGACCACUACACGGCAGAGUACAGUGGCAUUUUUGAAAGCCUUAAGCGCCGUGCUGACCUGCUUGCAAAGGAACUGAACAACAUCCGUGGUUUCAAGUCCCAAUCUGUUGAGGGCGCCAUGUACGCUUUCCCCACUAUUGAGCUCCCUCCCAAGUACGUGAAGCACAACGAUGAGAUGAACUCAAAGGAGGGCCGACAGCUUGCGCCGGACGCGCGUUGGGCACUGGAGCUUCUCGAGAGCACCGGUAUUGUUGUGGUGCCGGGUUCUGGCUUUGGGCAGCAGCCUGGGACACUGCACUUCCGCACGACGAUCCUCCCACCCGAAGCGCAUAUGGAGCGUGUGGUGAAGGCUCUGCGCCAGUUCCAGGAGGGCAUUUGGGCCAAGUAUGCAUAA